UCGGCGUGGAACGGAUCAGUCGGCAAAGAAACGCCCUGCGGAUCUUGUAUCUUUUAUUUAAAACUUUACGUGUUAUCGGUAUUUAUAUUUGUCGCAGCAACUCAGUUUUUGGUAAAAUGCGAAUAGUUAUUGGGUCGUUCACCGCAUUUGUUUUGCUAAUGAUGCAAAAUUCAAGUGCCGAAAUUCCCGGUUGCGACUUCUAUGACACCGUUGAUAUUUCAAAAGCGCAAAGGUUCUCGAACGGAUCGUACCUAUAUGAAGGCUUGCUGAUCCCCGCUCAUUUGACUGCUGAGUAUGACUUCAAGCUCCUGCCCAACGACUCAAGGGAGAGGGUUGCGAGCCACGUAAGAGGAUGCGCCUGCCAACUAAGACCCUGCAUCAGGUUUUGCUGCCCUCAGUAUCACAAGAUGCAAAAGGGUCAGUGUUUCGGCGACAUGUCAAAGGACGAGUUGGACAGGCACGAUCCCUUCGUGAACGUGACGCUCAACGACGGGUCGGUGGUGAAGAGGCACUUCAAGGAGGACAUAAUCGUGCAGUCGGAUCUGGCCAAGCCAGAAUGUUCCAUGAUGUACUUUCUGAAUCACCAAUUGCCAGGCAACAACUUCACUCUGUUUGAGAAUGGAUCUCUUUUGCGUCACUGGGACAACGUGGAGUUGUCCAAGCGGGAGUACUGCGUCCAGCAUAUUUCGUUCAAAAAUAAUAGUACCCGAAUUGCGCCAAACUUUUGCCCGCUUUCAUCUGAGCCUUCCAAAACAUGGAAGACCGUUGCGAUAGUUCUAUCCCUAAUAUGCUUAGUCCUAACGAUCACCGUGUAUCUCUACGUCAAGGAGCUUCGCAAUCUAGUCGGCAAGUGUUUCAUCUGCUACUUGGCGGCCCUGUUCCUGGGCUACCUAUUCCUGAUACUAAACGUGUGGAAUUACUCAUCCGGAUUCUGCGUUACGGCAGGGUACCUGGGCUACUUCUCCAUCAUUGCUGCGUUCUUUUGGCUUUCUGUUAUCAGUCUUACCCUUUGGAAUACAUUCAGCGGCAACUCCAGCUGGUUGAACGGUUUCUUGCCAGAAAAUCGUUUUCUAACUUACAACUUAUACGCGUGGGGCAUGGCGCUCCUCCUGACCGGAAUCACCUUUAUAGCUGACCAGGUGUUUGAGGACGAGAAGUUGAAACCCCGCGUGGGCGUCGGCAGUCAUUGUUGGAUCUAUACUGGGGAUAUGAGUGUCAUGAUCUACUUCUAUGGUCCGAUGCUACUGAUAAUCGUUUUCAACAUAGUAAUGUUCGUCCUGACGGCUAUUCGUAUAAUAAAAGUGAAGAAGGAAGCCCAAAACUUUACUCAACAGCGAACAACAACUCAAAGGCUCAACUUGGACAAACAGACUUACGCCCUAUUCCUGCGACUGUUCAUCAUCAUGGGCUUGUCGUGGAGCUUGGAAAUAAUCUCGUUUUUGUUGAGCAAAAAUCAGGAUUGGGCGAAAGCUUUUAUAGUGGCUGACUACUUCAAUUGGUCGCAGGGUACCGUCAUCUUUGUACUCUUUAUUCUAAUGCCACGAACUCUGAAACUGCUUAAGCAGCGGAUUCAGGGUAAGAGUGAUGAAGUCGGCGCCAGUGAUGAACAUAUCUCGCUUCAGAAUACUAAAAUUGACCCCAGUGUUUUUUAAUAUAUGGACAUGCCAUGAAUACGAGACCAAGGCAACGAAGGUAAUACGGAUGUACGGAUGUUAUGGACAAGAAUACUCAGCAUUUAUCCACUGGUCUAUGGAAAAAGGAAGGAAUAUCAGAAACAUUCGUUUUCGAGCCGCACUUACACUUACACUUUCAUUUACUUCUAAAGUUAAUUAAUCAACAAGGCACAAAAAAAGCAUUAAAAAAACUACAAAUAAUUAUAUUAUAAAUUAUUUUGACUAAUGACUAACUAACUUAUCGGUCAUUAAACAACGAUUCACAAUAAAUAGAGUUUCCAGUGACUAAAAUAAUUUAAUAUUUUAAAUGUUAAUAAUAAAAGUAAUUACCUGCAAUUGGGGUGAAUC